GCAGCGGCAGCCGCGGGCUUGGCACGAUGUGCUGGGGUCUGAAGGAGGCGCCGCACGACUGAGGAGACAGCGGGAAGCCGCGUCUGGCAGUUUCAGAUUUGUGGAACACAUCUAGAGCUUCAUCCAGAAAAUUCAACUGGAAAACUUUAAGACUGGCAGACUCUCUUUUCUUCAGAAAAUAGACAAAAGCCAGACAGAAACCAGGGAUUCUUGGAACACCUGAUUUCCCAUUGGAGGACACUAAAUUCUUUUGGAAGACAAAGACAGUUCAGUAUGGCAGCAGGACUGAAAGGACAUCAAGGAGCCAUUACUGUGAUUUGGUGACAGUUCUUCAAACGACAGUGUCUUAAGAAAAGCUGGAUCAAGGAACUCCUGAACUAUUGGGUUCAUUAAUUGAAAAAAAUCAGCAUGGCUCAGGUAAAAAGCUCUAGAGUCCUCCUUCAAGAUCAUUCACUGGGAAGCCUGUUUGCAGUGUCACUCUUGAAUGCUGCCUUAGUCAACUAUAUUGACCAACCCCAGUGAGCCAAGCUCUGUAUUAAACACCAGGGGGAGAUCUAGAGGAAAGAAAGGAGACAGGCCACAGCCCCUGCCUUCAGGGAGCUUCCAGUCAAAUGAAGGAGGCAAGUCUCCUGGCUUGUGAAGGCCUAGCAGGUGUGAGUUUGGUUCCCACUGCAGCCAGCAAGAAGAUGAUGCUGAGCCAGAUUGCCAGCAAGCAGGCCGAGAAUGGCGAGCGGGCAGGUAGCCCUGAUGUGCUGAGGUGCUCGAGUCAGGGUCACCGGAAAGACAGUGAUAAGUCCCGGAGUCGCAAAGAUGAUGACAGCUUGGCUGAGGCCUCUCAUUCAAAAAAGACUGUUAAAAAGGUGGUGGUAGUGGAACAAAAUGGUUCUUUUCAAGUAAAGAUUCCCAAAAAUUUUAUUUGUGAACACUGCUUUGGAGCCUUUAGGAGCAGUUACCACCUCAAGAGGCACAUCCUUAUUCACACUGGUGAGAAACCAUUUGAGUGUGAUGUAUGUGACAUGCGCUUCAUCCAGAAGUACCACUUGGAACGCCACAAGCGUGUACACAGUGGCGAAAAGCCUUACCAGUGUGAACGUUGUCAUCAGUGUUUUUCUCGGACAGAUCGAUUACUCAGACACAAACGGAUGUGCCAAGGCUGCCAGUCCAAGACUUCUGACGGGCAGUUUGCACUAUAGGUGCAAGGGGCCCUGGGUGGUGGGAAUUAUCAGAAGAAUUUACUGAAGAGUACACCCCCUCUGGUCUGAUGGUCCCGCCACCGCCGCCGCCGCCCCGUCUGAACUUGUCCCCCUCCUGGAGGUUGGACUCAGGAGAUCAGAAGAGAGCAUCGGGACAGUAGUUCCAGAACCUCAGCUCUGUAAAUAAUCUGAGACUUUAUGAAUCUCGGGGACGUUCCUACAGCAUUCCUGGGUAGGGGAGCUAAUCCCUGAACCCUUGGCUGAGGUUAUAGGUGAGGACUCAAGGUCAAGGACCAAGACUGAAGUAUGGCUCCCACAACCUUGGACUCCAGCUGGCAGCUGAAAUGGAAAUGAUUGGGGAAGGAAAUUUGUUUGUUCUGUUCUUGUUUUUUUUUUGUUUGUUUAUCCAAAAGCAAUCUCAGCGGGUAAACUGUGGAUACAGGUAAUCUGAAGGCAUAAAGUCCUGAUCCAAAACAGGGACACCACCCAGUCCAGUUCUUAGUUACAGUGUUCUAGCCCUGCACCUUACCUCCUGUUUGAGAGAAAAUAGAAACAGGGCUGGCUUACUUUGGCAGCCUUAUACACUGUAGGGACAAAAGAAAAGGUGGUGGGAGAAGUGAAAAUGGACUGGAUCCAAGAAGAGUGGUAUCUCUUGACCUCCCCAAGAGAAGAGCUUGUACCAUGGGUAUUGUAAUGACCCAUGCCAAUGCCACAUGAGUACCAGAUGGGAUCAGCUCAAGUGCCUUUUGGAGGAAACUUGGGUGAGUGGUCCAUGAAGCCCUUCCCUUCGGGCAGUUGGUCUUGGAUAUGGCUUGUGGCUACCUCACUGUCAUUGAUUCCUAAAGCUAGACAGAGGUGUUGAGCAGGGAGUUGUAGGUGUCAGAAUGGGUUCUUUCCUUAUGCCCUUUUAGGAACAACCCAAAACAGUCCCAAAUUGACUAAUAACUAUUUGAGAAACGAAGGAAUUGGUAGACCCUGUUGAGUGGUAGAAGCUGUUCUUCCUGUCCAAGUCCUAUUGCUAUAUUCAGGUAGAAAAAAAAAAUGGGGGUUUGGUCAUUGGUCCCAAAGAACAAGAUCUUGGCUUUCUUCUUGAUGGCUAUCCCUACAAAUAAAGAAUGAGGGGGGAGGCAAGCCACAGAGAAAGGACUACAGGAAGAAACUUAAUGUAGAUUUUAUUAACCAUACUCUUUACUCCUCUGCUCCAAUACCACUACCCUGCCCACCCCCCAAAAAGGUGAUCAGAUAUGUGUUUGUGUAUGGUACAUGAAUGCUUGUGUUUGUAUGCUUGGAGGAGAUGGCAUAUUAUUGAGCCAAACUCUUCUUUGGCUGUCAGUUUAGGGAAGUUUGAGCAUUAAACAGCCUUUUCCCACCCAGACCUGAUGGGUGCUUAAGUCCCAGUAGGAGCUGAGAAACUCAAAUUUCAGAAACAGAAGGGCAUUAUUCCAGAGGGUUUUUGUUUAUUUGUCUGUUUUCUUUAAAGAUUGGUUCAACAGUCUAGUGGUUAGGGUGGUUUUUCAUCCAGACCAGGGUAGGUAAACAUGGAUUUUCUAAAGUAAAAUAAGAAACUUCUUUCUGCUAAAGAAAGGAUCCUUAUGGGGAGGAUAUAGGGUUCGGCUGACCUCCCCACCCACCCCUGUGACCUCCCCUGAUCCAUGGGAAUCAGGGGAGGCCUGUCUUAGUAAUCAUGGAGACUGGUGAGCCUGAGCACUGAACUGUUGGUGGGAAUCUGAGAUGGUAUCUUUCAUAGUCAUUGAUGGCAGUAUUCAUUGCCCAGAAAAUGAGGGGAAUAGACAGGAGCAGCAUCGUCUUGGCUAUUGCCUGAUCCAAGGAGGUAGGGGUACAGUACUUCAGGGAAAGAGAAGGGAGACAUGGCACCUUUUAGCUUUUCUCUGACAACACCUGAAAUCUUUUGGGGAAGAUGCUGAGAAAUGUUCAUUGCCUUGUGUUAUAGCUUUAUGCUGGUACUCCCAUUUGAUGUGGUCCCUGCAAGCAGGGGCAUCUUUCUGCAUGUGAGCCCUUCCUGUUACAAGGUUUUGCUGGGGCCAGAAUUGUUCUUGUCAGUCACCUCUGCAAAGAAGGAUACAUUAAGAAUUUCACCCUUCCAAAAGUGCUUUUGAAAAUGGAAACCCAUCUUCCCUUCCACUUGUAGGUAGAUGAGAAUGCUUGUGGAAAGAAACACUUGAGUGACCCAUGCCUCUACAUGUACAAGUAUGUACUAGGUCAGAUGGUGGGGCACACCUGUCGUACCAGCACUGGACAAGCUUAGGCAGAAGAAAUGCAAAUUCAA